AUGGGAGAGUCUAGUCAAACUGCAGAUGAUUUGGCUACCAAGGAUUUUAAUCUUUGGAGUCGCAGCACCUUCAAUCCUGCACAUUCACCAGAAGUGGAACUUUUUUCAAAACUCAUUCAUCAAGAAAUUAAAAUAUUAUGCUCUUCUGCUCAUGACCACCACUGCCCCCCUAAUCUGAAAAAAGAAAAACGAGAAGCGUUGUAUGCUUUGAAAAAUAAUCACAGCCUUAUUAUCAAACUGGCUGAUAAGGGAGGUGCUGUGGUGGUCAUGAACAGGACAGAUUAUAUUAAAGAGGUAGAACGACAAUUGAGUGACAGAGAAAUUUAUGAGGUUUGUACAGGGGUUUAGACAUCUACCCUAAUAAGGAAAAUAUGGUAGAGGAAGCAUAUUCAGAAGAAAUUAUAGAUAAGACAUUUAAAGUAUAUUUAAUAAAAGAACAUCCAGUUACACCUACAUUUUAUUUAUUACCAAAAAUACAUAAACGAUUGAUGAACCCCCCCAGGUAGACCCAUCGUGGCAUGUACCGAAUCAGUCAUGCAACCUCUUCCUAUUUUUUUAGAUAAAGUUUUACAACCUUUUGUUGGAAAAUGUAAAUCUUAUAUAUUAGAUAGCAGUGAUUUUAUACGAAAAGUAGCUUAUAUACUUCCAUUCCAAAUGAAGGAGGUUUGCGUCCCAUUAGGAACACUCUCAAUCAAAGGGACUAUACCCAAAAGCAAAUGGAAUUUUAUGAGCAUUUUGGAUAUUUUAUUGCAUAACAACUAUUUUUUAUUUGGAGACAGUCAUUAUAGACAACUUUAGGUACCACAAUGGGAUCUAAUAUGGCCCCAUCAUACACCAACCUAUUCACGGAUAGGUUCAAAACCGCACACGUAUAUGCGCAUGAUUUAUACAUAGUGCAUGAGCAUGUGAGUGGAGAUUCAUCGAUGAUGUGUUUGGCAUAUGGUGUGGGACCAAAGAGGAACUUGAGACAUUUUUUAUUCAAAUGAAUAUGGUACAUGGAGAGAUCCAAUUUACUAUGGAUAGCAGCGACACGGCUAUCCGUUUUCUGGAUUUGAGGAUUGUACGUGAGGGAAAUGGUUUCUCCACAGACAUAUUCUCAAAGACAAUUGACAGAGACAAUUUAUUGGAAUACACAAGUUGUCACCUUAAGAGAACCAUUGAGUCAAUGGGGUAGUAAGAAAUGUAUCAGACCCUAUUAUAUGUUCAGGAUUUUUGGGAGAGAUUUCUUAAAAAUUUCUUAAUCGAGGCUAUCCAGUCAAACUUCUGGAUAAAGAAAGGGAUAGAAUACUUGGGAAAGAGAGAGAUUCUCUUUUGACAUCUAAGAGAAAAAAGAUGAACAACUCAUCUAGAAUACCUUUUGUAUCCCAGUUUAAUCUGCACAGAGUCACAGAAUAGCACAUAAUAGAAAAACAAGUAAAAGUAUGGCGCUUAAAAUUAAAUAGAAAUAAGCUAAAAAUAUAAUAUAAGCUGCACCUUAUAAUGUGUAAAAGCUAGAGAAACACAUGAAUAGAAAAAAUUAUACAAAUAAAGUGUGCUGUAUCUUUAAAACACCGAAUAUAUUGCAGAGUGCCUACAAUGUAUUCCACUCGAUAAUAAAGUGCAUAUAUAUAUACAUAUAUAUAUAUAUGUAUUUUUUUAGAACUGGGAGCAUAAAGUGAGCCACAAGACAAACUGUGUAAAAGUGCACUUCAACUCACAAGUGUAUAUUCAACUCACAAGUGAAGCCUGCUCUAACUGUAUAGGCUCUUCAAUAUAAACAGAGUGACAGAUGUGGUAUACUGUGUUACUGUGGUAUUCAGCUUCACUUUAAAAACACGCAGGCUGGCAGGUAGACAUGUGCUACAUAUACAAAAAAGAACCAGUAGUGUGUAAGCGCUAUGGGAUGUGAUACAGGCAAUAUGGCAGCACGUACAAUAGUGAUACACACAAAUAUACACAAGAAUCGAUAGUUACCAAAAAAAAGUGCUAAAUUAGUCUGUAAGUAUAAAAAAGGACAAAUAAUAGUGCAGACUAUCUGAAUAAGCACAAAAGAAAAAUUGGGGGAGUAUAAGGGAAAGAACUCACGUGUACCAGAGCCCUAUCACCCCUGGCUCUGGGUUUUCAACGUUCCUCUGGGGAGGGGAUAUCCCCACACUGAAGGUCACUCCAGACAGUGUAUCCACUAACAGCUUGAUGAUGCUGUAUGAAAUAGAGGGUAGAGAAGGGCAGGACCUCCAAUUGAAUAAUAUCAAAAGCAAUUUAUUGAAUAACUAAAGUUAUGCUCGCAAAGCUACCCACAUAAAAGCAUAUAAAACAGCAAAGAAUCAGAAUCAUUUCAUGGUUUUGUUCCGAUCACGUGACCCGCUUCUGGGUUCACCCCUCAUGUGACUUGUGUGUUGCGCGUUUCGCCCGCCUCCACAGGCUUCCUCCGACCCUACAUAUAGCUUCUCCUCAUGAAAUUUAGCCGGAAUAUGGGGUUAGUUGCCGGUUUCUAUAUGGAUCAGAAAACUAGGUGCCAACGCUCAUUCCGGGAGGCGGGGCUUCUGACCAGCGUGCAGAACGUGAUGGCGUGAUGACGCGUUUCACCAAUGACUCAGCUUACUCAGAUCCGCCAUUCCAAUAGUCCACAGUCUCUAUUUAAACCCAUGAUUGUGUUGGGCUCCGUAGUCGUGUUACUUCCCUGAUUCCUCCUACCUUCCCUCUUUAGCCUCCUGCCUUGCUCCCUUGCAUCCCUCUUUGGCUCCCAUGCUUUUGCUCUGGUUUUUGACUGUUGGCCAACAUGCAUGCCAAGCUGUGGCUUUCCUGCAAAUACUGCAUAGGCCAUAUUGUAUCACGAGGCAGAGCUGUUAUGUGGGAACCUGUAUUCUUCAAAGCUUCUUGGAGCUGUAUUGCCAGCCUUCCUACCAGCUCCUAUUUUUUUUUUAAGGUUUAUUUUGCCCAGUCUGCUAAGCCUUGGGUGGGUGAUGCUCCCCUGUUUUCCUUGCCACUGAUGCUGGGAUUAUACUCCUCCUGCUGCUCAGGUCCCUACUGGGACCCAAUUGGGAUUAUAUCUCUUCUGGGUGAGCCCAGAAUCUGCAUUGGGCCCUGAGUGUUUAGGCUAUUCGCCCUGUGCAGUUAACCUCCAUCUCAUCCUAGUGAGGGUCUGCUCUUGAACCUGAGGGUAGCCCCUCUAAUCUUGCAUUUGAGGGUGACCACCUCUGCUUGUGUCUUGUGGCCCCCAUCUAUGUCUAUCAGGUGAGUCCUGUUUUUUUUCUUCCAUAAAUCUUCAGUCACUCAUGGAAUUAAAGCCACAGGCAGAUUUAUUGGAUCAAAAAGGCAAUGCAACAUUUCGACCUACUAAGAAGUCUUUAUCAAGCUGCUUCUGUCUGUUUCAGUUGCUGGUUGUGUGCAGGGCAGAAUGUCUGAGGCAGGGGCAUUUUAGCCACGAGGCAAGUAAGGCAUUUGCCUUGGGCGGCAUUUUCCAGGGGGCGGCAAAAAAAAAGCCGCCCCCCAAAUGCCCAGGGCAAAUGCCUUGUUAGCCUUGCGGCUAACUGACAUGCUGGGCUGGCGGGCGCGCUGGGCGGGCGGCUGGCGCGGGGGCUCUUCACCUGAGCUGUCUGCUCAGUUCCCUCACGCACCGCAGAGGAGCCGGGUUGAUGACGUCAUAUUUCGGCUCCCAGCCUCACUCUGCGGCGCGCGAGGGAGCUGAGCAGACAGCUCAGAGGAAGUGCUCGCCCGCCAGCACCCCCCGACCGCCCAGCAGCCACUAAACCCCAGGAAGAGAGGGAACCCCCCAGCAUUCCCAAGGUAAGGAGGGGGGGGGAUUUAAUAAAAAAAAUAUGUUAAUGUGAGUGUGUGUAUAUGUCUGUGAGUGUGUCUAUUAGUGUGUGUGUGUGUGUGUGUGUCUGUUAGUGUGUGUGUGUGUCUGUAAGUGUGUGUGUCUGUUAGUGUGUGUGUGAGUGUGUGUCUGUUAGUGUGUGUGUCUGUUUGUGUGUGUGUGUCUGUUAGUGUGUGUGUGUGUGCGUCUAUUAGUGUGUGUGUCAGUGUGUGUCUGUUAGUGAGGGAGUGUGUGUGUGUCUGUUAGUGUGUGUGUCAGUGUGUGUGUCUGUUAGUGAGUGUGUGUGUCUGUUAGUGAGUGAGUGUGUGUUAGUGAGUGUCUGUUAGUGAGUGUGUGUGUGUGUGUCUAUUAGUGUGUGUGUGUGUGUGUGUGUGUGUGUCAGUGUGUGUCUGUUAGUGAGUGUGUGUGUCUGUUAGUGAGUGAGUGUGUGUUAGUGAGUGUCUGUUAGUGAGUGUGUGUUUCUGUUAGCUAGCGUAUGCGUAUCUGUCAGUGAAUGUGUGUGUGUGUAUUUAGAAGGCGGGGCGGGGGAAGGGUUGGGUGGGGGUGGCACAGGGUGAGGGGGCGCCUGAGUUUUGUCCUGCCUAGGGCAGCACAAAACCAGGAUACACCACUGGCCUAAGGGACUAAAAGCAUGGCUAAGCUCUUCUCUGGUGACUCAUUUCCCAAAGCUCUGGCUGCUCUCCAUAUUGGUUUUCACCCAUCUGCUCUCUUGCAGGGUGACCCCCUAAGUCCAAGAUGUGGUGGCUCAGAUAUGGAGGAUUCCCAUCGCUUCCAUCAUUCAGUAACUUUACAGUAUCAUCGUUUCAGUCCUCAUCUGGACUUUCAAUGUAACUGA